CAGCAAACUGCUCCAAAGAAAAACCACCGUGGUUCUGCCCUAUGAAACACAACUUUUUAUUACUAUAAACCAGUACUGUAAUUCAUGUUGUGCCCAUUCCUGAUUUUGUGUUAAUCAAGAGCAAGUUAGGAAUUCAGGUCUUCAGAAACUUGGAAAAACAGGAGCAAGUGGAGUCUUUUAAGUUUACUGUCGCAUAAGGACGAUAGAAGAGGAGGACCAUGGCUUCCCAUGGAGUUGAAAGGCAGGCGAAUGCCUUUAAAAUGUCUGACUUGUCAGUUGAACCAGUUCACAAGGUGGAUCGCCAACACUAUCGAAGUGUGUUAAAAAAGAUGUGCAUGCCUGUUGUGAGAGGUCCGGAGAACAGACAUGACUUUGCCAGCUUUGAAGAGAAAAACAGUAAUUCUUUCCUUAAAUUCCAUCCAUUCACUCCUCCAGUAGGGCCGAAUUACCCCUUAUUCCCACACCGGGAUGAUGUGCCUUUAGUGGAUCCCUGCUCAGGUUUUGUGAGUCCAGGAGCAGAUGCUGACCUGCAGCCCAAUGUUGGAAGAGCUAUUGAAUCCCUGGUGGACUACAGUGAUGUGAAACCUCACCAGCGGAUCCCCAUCGCAGGAAAGGGAGGCCAGGCUGCCCACAGGAGGCAGAUGAUUCUCCUGGAGGAGACCAGCCAGAACAGAAGGUGGAACUCCAGGGCUGUGCCUGCUGCUUCUGUUAGGGCACGACUCGGAGAUUGGAGGACUCCAGUGAAAGGUGUUCCAGCUCUACCUGACCAAAACUGUAUUUUUGCAUUUUAUAUGGAUCCCAUUAUCAAGGCAAGUGUCUGGUGGAGAGAAAAAAAAGCUAAGGACUAUUUCUACAAGUCAAAUACUCAAAGAGCUUAUGAAGAAGUUCCUUGGGAUAAUAUAUUACCCUCCAAAAUCCAGCCUCCAGAAUCAACAGUGGAAGUAUUGCCUGAUGCUGUUUCCCACCGUUUUACAGAAAGGAGAUACAAUCCUGAACCUGAAAUAAGCCAAGUUAUUGGAGUCCUCUGGGACAGAUUUCAAACAAGAUCUUUUCCAUCUCCAGAGAGACCUGUUAAUUUUGUAAGCCAAAGCUAUCGAACCUGUCAUAUCCCUUUGUAUACUGGCUGUGUUGGUGCAGUAAAUUUUGAAGACAUUGAUAAUGCUGAUGUAGACUUAAUCCAGCUUAACCACGUGAGAACUUCAAAGCCUCGCUACACAAGCACUGCACACACUCCAAAUAUCCCUGGAUACACUGGCAAGGUUCAUUGGUCAGCAACCCACCCGGCAAAUUCUAAUCUUCCAUCAACAACCCCAUCGAUAAUUGCACAACUGCAUGGAUACAUAGCUAAACAUGGAAGCUCAUCUCGGUAUAAUCACCACGGACCUUUUUCUCAAUUGAUGACUCCAGUUAGUCCUCAGAAUUCUUUUAACAAGAGAGAACGAAAAACUAUUACAGUUUAGAAAGUGCCAAUCCUUUUUACCUGCAUAACUGAGAGCCUCGGUGUCUGACAGUGAGGAGGAAGGAAAUGUGCGAAGAUGUGUGGAUACUUUAAACAUGGAACAAAAAUAAAACAACGUAGAGGUGGA